AUGAGUCACUUGACUAAAAAAAGGUGUAGGGAUACUAGGAAUCUCGAUGAGAGUGCGAGAAAAGUCAUUUUAGAGAAAAGAUUAGCAUCACUAUGUAAGAAAGCAGAAGAACUGUCUAUUCUAUGUGAUAUAAAAGUCGGUGUGGUUGCUUUUACACCUGGAGAAACCAAAGCUUUUGCUUGGCCUUGUUUAACCCAGGCUAAUGCCACAAUAAAUGAGUAUUUAGCUUGCGAUGAGGCCAAACAACAAAUUAAGUUGUUCACACAAGAAACCUAUCUUCAACGAAAAGUUGAUGCUCGGGAAAAAUAUAUUGGGAAAAUAGAGCAAACAGUUGAAGAGAAGGAAAUGGAAAACCUAUUCAACCAACUUGCUUGGGGAAAAAGCAUUCAGGAACUAGAUGCUAGAGAAACUAAAGGUUUGCUAAAGCUAUUUGAAGCAAAGCAGACUAAACUUAAUGAAAGGAAGACUAAACUCAAUGAACAUGUAGAAGAGAAUGUUUUGAAUCAAACUGGUGCUAAUGAUAGCAAUGCUGGAGCAGAGAAUGAUGGGAAUCCUUAG